UAAAAACAAAUUUAAAGUUGUAGUAGUGAUUCGUAAAAAUGAAAGUUUUGUACUUUUAAUCUUAAACAACGGAAAGAUUUGAUACAUUUCCAUGGAGGAUUUUAAUGAUAACAACGAUUCAAUUUCUGAGUCGCCAGACAGCAGUGAAAGUGGCAAUGACGCGGUCAAUGUUGAUGACAUUGAAUUAAUAGGUGAUCCAGAUCGCGAAACGGACGAUAUCGAAUUAGUGUUCGUUGAAUAUGAGCUUGAACCCGGACAAUUGAUUUUUAUUAAUUCAAGUUCAUCAUUAAGCGACGACGUAGAUGCAGACAGUUCGGUUCCCGCAUUAUUUAUUGGUGAAGAUUCCGAUGAUAAUGCUUUUUUACAAAUUCUUAACCUUGAGACACUUGAACAAGAGACUGUUGAUGCGGGAAGAAUGAUAAUGCCAUUUAAUGUGAUGUCCUUCAUUCUUCUAUCGGAAUUGUAUAUGGACAAUGACGGAGAAAAUGAAAUUCAAAAUGAGAAUGGGAAUCGCGAUGGAAAUGAUGAGAAUCAAAAUGAAAAUGACCAAAACAAUGUUUAGUUCAAUCAGAAAUGGGAACAGAUGAAUCGAAAGUCUGAUUUCAAGUGUAAAAACAUAAAAUCAAAAGAACAUUUCACAAAA